CAUGCGCAUUUGCCGGGAAAGGGUCAGAGACACUUGGAUGUCAAUCCGCUGCACGUUUCUACAGUGUUCUACAGCAAGUUUGAGUUCAUUGUUUUAUCCUUUUUACGACCUGACUCGUACGUAAUUGUUAGUUUUCUGUCUAUGGGUUUAGUUGUUAAUUUCACGUACGGCCAUUGUAGCAGCGUUUGUUUAUUUUUAACCAUGUUCUAGAAGUAACGGACAGUGGUGAACCUGAGCUAGCAGAGGUAGCGAAGCUAGCUAAUAUUAGCUAGCAGCACAGGAGCUAAGCGUCGCUUAGUGGUGGGGUGGUGGUGGGACGGCGUUUGCCUACAGCGUCGUUUGAUGGAUCCGAGAAUCGCCUGGUUUCAGCCAGAACAACUUGGACCCGCUAACAACCUGUGGAUGCAGAUCUGGGAGACGACCCAAGGGUUCGGGUACUUGAACGUAAAUAAUAGCUACAGCAUCGGACCUCAGAGCACGCCGAGCCUGAAAGCGAUCGUCAGCAGCGGGGCGUCGGGACCCGUCCCCAGUUGCACAAACGGACCACUUCUUGACACGAGCACCGACUGUGAAGACGUCGAGACCGAGAGCUCAAUGGGGGACGGAGACGUACCACAACAAGUCGACUUUAUACCACUAGACAGCAACAGCAACCAUAAUAACCGAGCCUCCAGCAGGGGCGGUGUCGGCGGAGGGGGACAGCCGAGCAGCGGGGUGCUGUGGAGGGGACUCACGGAGGGACACCCCAACAAAAGGAAAAGAGACAAUAAAGCUAGCACUUUCGGAUUCAACUCCAGCCUUUUGAACAGCGGCUGCGGGUCCAACACGGACAGAUAUGAAGGUUACACGGGCACUCCGUGGAAAGUCAGGAACUACUCCGAAGGAGUUGUGGGGUUGCACGAGGAGAUCAAGGAUUUCUAUGAGUACAUCUCCCCACGACCAGAGGAGGAGAAAAUGAGACUGGAGGUGGUAGACAGAAUCAAGGGAGUCAUUUACGACUUGUGGCCCAGUGCAGAGGUCCAAGUAUUCGGGAGUUUCAGCACUGGUCUUUAUCUACCAACAAGUGACAUUGACCUAGUGGUCUUUGGGAAGUGGGAGACACUCCCACUCUGGACGCUGGAGGAAGCUCUCCGAAAGAGAAACGUUGCAGAUGAGAAUUCUAUCAAAGUCCUGGAUAAAGCAACGGUUCCCAUCAUCAAACUUACGGACUCAUUCACUGAAGUGAAAGUGGACAUCAGCUUCAAUGUGAUGAGUGGCGUUAAAGCCGCUCAGCUUAUCAAGGAUUUCAAAGAGAAAUACCCUGUGUUGCCUUACCUAGUCCUGGUGCUGAAGCAGUUCCUGUUGCAGAGAGACCUUAACGAGGUUUUUACAGGAGGAAUUGGUUCCUACAGUCUCUUCCUCAUGGCUGUUAGCUUCUUGCAGCUUCAUUGCAGGGAGGAUGUGUCCAGUCCCAAAAUCAACUUCGGCGUUCUGCUCAUUGAGUUCUUCGAGCUCUACGGUCGCAACUUCAACUACCUGAAAACGGGCAUCAGGAUAAAAGAUGGCGGCUGCUACGUUGCCAAAGAUGAGGUUCAGAAGAACAUGAUGGAUGGAUACAGACCCUCUAUGCUCUACAUUGAGGACCCUCUGCAGCCAGAUAACGAUGUUGGCAGGAGCUCAUAUGGUGCCAUGCAGGUAAAGCAGGCGUUCGACUACGCUUAUGUUGUACUCAGCCAUGCUGUGUCACCUGUCACCAAGUACUAUCCCAAUAACGAGAAUGAAAGUAUACUUGGUCGGAUAAUCCGAGUCACUCAGGAGGUGGAUGAGUACAGGGAAUGGAUCCAUAAGAACUGGGGGAGCCCAUCUCAGAAUGAUCCCUCACUCAACAGAAAUGAUGUGAAAUUGUUCGAGUCCAAGCAGCUGGAUGARCGCAACAACAACGUCACAGAUGAUGAGGAUGAUGUUGUGGUUCUGCCGUCGGCUCCCCACAGCGAAUCCUCCUCCAGCACCUCUUCUCCUCCCUCCUCCCUGCGCUCCUCUCCCUCGUCCUCUCCGCUGUCGCCGUCUUCAGCGUCUUCCAGCGACGCGGACUCUGAUGGCACACCGUGUAAAACAGCCAAGCAGCAGUCUGGCCGAAGCUCCAGUACUCACAGAGAAAAGGCUGCUGUGGUCAGUAAUCACCGCACACAGAGCCACCCUACCAGCACUCCAUCUGCAAGCAACAAAGCUGGAAAGGGCAGGAUGUCUCGCUCCAACAAUAAGAGCAGCCAUCACGGACAGCAGAACUCCUUCAACACCAAAAGUCAUCCGAGCAGCAGGCCACACCACCAGGGCAACAGCAAGAAGAGGAAAAACCUACGAGACUCUACAAAGGAGGAUCUUUGUAGAUAGGGCUCACUUUGCUAACCUCCUCCCUGCCCUCACCCUCGUCUGCAGCUGACUGACUGUAUUGUCCAAAUUCUCCCGCCACGCUUGAGCCUCGGAGGAUCGUCAGCAGUUCCAAAACUGAACCCGUCUCCCGUUUUCAGGGUGACAAACAUUUUAUUACUGAAAUAGGAAAAAAAUAAAGAGUUAUUGAAAUUAGGUUUAAUUUCUCGGACCUGAAUGGAAUCACAAACUCUAUAAAAAAAACACCCAUUUGCUUCCUGAUCGCUUCUUUUAACGGAGCAGUUUUCCUUUUUACAACCAACAGCCUCUUGUGUCUCCUGCUGUACAGGACGGACUGGUUGGAUGUCUGGAAUAAACGCUGGAGCAAUAUGUGGAACUGCUGCCUCAAAAAGGAUCAGAUAUUAUCCUACAAAAAAAACUAAAAGAAAAAGAUAAAGAUUAAAAAAAGGAGAAACAUUUGCUAAAAUGUAAAAAAAAAAUGUUGAACAACAAACCUACUCAAUUUUUUUCUCUUUUUUUAAGCUCGUCAUUUUCAAACGCAAUCAGUAAGAGCGGGACAUAACUUUUACGCAUGACAUUUUUCUGUUGUUGCAUAAGCAACAAAAACAGGUUAAAAACACAAGCAAGAAACAGUUGUUUCAUAUGACCUUUUUACAAGAUAUGCUGAUUUGAAGUUGCACAUUUUAAUCCUGGCUUUUGUUUGGCCAAAAAUCUAGAGAUGUUUUUUGUCCCAUUGCCAACAGAAAUCAUCAGCAUCUACUUUUACUCCUGACUACUCCGUGUGCGCGACGGUGUCUUACCGUUCAGCAUCCCACAGAUGACACAGAGGAGCUCAGUCUCUUCGUCUGGCUCCCUAGCACAGCCACACCAGUGUAGAGGCUUUAAGACUACAAGUAAAAAUAUAUAUAUUUGUGGUGAAAAUGGUUUUAUUGAAACAA